AUGCCUGGUGGGAUACCUGCACCCGUCAUCACGCCGACAGGGGAAGUGAUUGGGCCAAAGACGCGCGUGCGCAUUCGCUGCGAGUACCCUGGCGUGGACAUCUACUACACAACCACGGGCGAGAAGCCCGUGCCUCACACAGGCAAGAACGUGAGCUCCCUGGAGCCCACGCUGAAGUACACGCGGUCGUUUCGCCUCCCCGCCGGCCGGCGCGUCAUCAAGGCCGUCGCCGUGUCCCGCAAGAACCUCCGCGCAGCCCCGAGCGCCAUCACCACAAAGUACUUUGAGGUUGCGGAUGACAACAACGCCGCGAAUGACAACGACGACGACGACGACGACGACAUCGACGACCUGCGCUCCGCCACGCCAGACUUUGAGGCAGACGGCACUGUCGAGCACUUCCUCAGUGACUCGGACGACGAAGCCGGCGGAGAGCACCUGCAACACCAGCCGCGUGGCGCAACAGCAACACAGCGCAGCCGGUCCAUGUUCCAACCCACCCUGCGCAAACCGACAUCGGCAGCACGCAGGCAGCACAGCCGCAACACAGGACGCAGCCGCAGCCGCAGCCGCAGCAAGGGCCGUGGUCGUGGCAGGCGCCACAGUGGCUCAGCGGACGAAGCAUCUGACUCGCACAAUGAGGAAGAGGAGGAAGACGCGGAGAUUGAGGAGCUGAUCCAGACGGCCCGGCAGCGAGCGCGUGGCGGGUCUACAAUGCGCCGGUCGCCGCGUCCACCAACAAGCGAUGUUGGUCCUCCCCGCGCAGGCCGUGGCGGCAUGUACGCAACCCAGCGCGCGCUUGGUCGCGAUACGCUGCAGCUGAACCGCACGGCACGGCGCCCGCACACAUCUGCGGCAUCUGCCUCAACAUCGCCCAUGCUUGAUCCCCGCCAUGCGCAGCGGCGUGACGGCGAAUAUGGCGGCGCAGCGCCAUUCCGACCCAACAGCGCUGGGCCCUUCCAGCAACAGCAGCCCCAACGCCAUCGUGUUGGUGUGAGCAGCAGUGGGUUUGACCAGCCGACAAUGGCUGCGGAGGACGGCGCAGCGUUGGUGUCAGCGCGACGCAUGCUGGAGCGCGCAGAGUUCCUACUCGGUGGUGCGUCCCAGCAGCAACCACAACAGCAGUGGGAUGACGACUACAGCCAGCGUUUGCAGCAGUUGUAUCCACCUGCACCCACACCUGUACAACCAGUGCAGCACCGGCAAUCCCCGCAACCGCCCAUGUACCCACCGCAGCAGCAACAGCAGCAACAGCAGCAGUACACUGUGCCGUACAGUGGCCCAACACCGACAGCCACCGCCCAGCCUGCAGCAGCCGCUGCUGCAUACCCACCCUACCCACACCAGCACCAACAACAACAACAGCAGCAGCAGCAGCACGAGUUUGGUUACACGCAGCAGCAUCAUGAGCAACAACAGCAGCCGUCGCGCACAUCGCCAUCGCAGUUGUUUGGCGACCUGGCUGACGACGACGAGGAGCGCUCACUGGCAGAUAUGGUGCGCAGCGUCAAGAUGAACAAGCAUCCCGAGGUGACACUGUCGGAGAUCCUGGCCGUGCCGCAGUACAAGCGCUACUUGAAGGAGCUGUUGUCAAAGGACAUUGACAAGGACGCACGUGCACACCACCGCGGCGGGAACCAGAAGAGCGUCGGCAUUCAGACGACCGUGCUCAACUUUGGUUCCACCCUUGACAGCGGUGCAGCAGCAAACAACGGUAAACAGCAGCAGCAGCAACAGCAGCAGCAGCAACAGCAGAAGGCUUCAGGCACCACUGACGCUGGCAAUCGUGUGCGGGAUGUGAGCCCUGGCAAAGGGUUCUGGCGCAUGCAGAUUGAGCACCUUGCACACCACCUCAAGGCAUACUGCCGAGACCAACCGUCUUUCCAGGCUGCGCUGGGAGAGCCGCGCAUGUGCGAUGUGACAAAGGCGUCGCUUGACGAUGACGGCGAGAGCGUGAUUGUCACCGUCACACUCCGCAAGUACAGGCCAGCAGCACAUGCGCUUCUCGGGCGACGCGGACAGCGGCCCGGCACGCGCGCACUACACACGCAGCGGAGCGGAGCUGGUGACGAUUAUGCCGCACUCUUGGAGUCGACUGACGAAGGCGACAGUGCUGACGAUCAUGAUGACGAUCAUGAUCAUGAUGAUGAUGACGAUGAUGCGAGCUCGCUGACGGGUGACAAUGUGAGCGAUGGUGGUGGUCGUGGUGGUCGCGUGCGCAGCAAGCAGGGGCGACGCGGACGGAAGGGUGGACAUGGUCGUAGACGACGGGGGAAGGGCGGUGACUCUGCCGAUGCCAGCAGCGAUGGACACGACAACGAGGAUGAGGAGGAGGAGGAGGAAAAGAAGCGAAAGCUGCGGGAGCUGAAGCCAGCGCGACCAGGGUCCGUGCUGAAGCUGUCCAAGGAGGACGAAGACAUCUUUGGGUCUGCACUUGACGACAUUGAGUUGCGGCGCGGCGUCUCCUUCCGGGCGUCGAAGAAGAACAAAGACAAACAGGACAAGGACAAAGAGGGGAAGGACAGGCACAAGGACAGGGCGCGAUCAUCGUCCUCGUUGUCGUCAACAAGGCGGCCGGCGAACAGAAAGGACCCGCGCGAUCCACGUGCAGCGUCGCCUUCAUCGCUGUCAUCUCUGACCGGAACCAAGGGCCGGUCCACCACCGCCUCCAAGAAUCGCAGCAGCAGGCCCAACACGGUGGCCUUGUCCUCGUCUGCAUCUGAACGAACACAACGGCGGCAGCGGCCGCGAAGGCGCGGUGACGGCAGUGGCGGUGAUGAUGAUGAUAGCGACCGCGACCGUGAUGAUGAUCGUGUGCAGCGCCAACGCCAGUCGCGGAAGCACCGCUCAACCCAUCAAUCAGAUAUCGACGCGCUGUUUGCAAGCGCGCCAUCAUCCCCGCGUCGCAGCCGUCACCGCGAUGGCACUGGUGUUGGUCGUGAUGGCCGUGAUGGUCGUGAUGAGGAGACGGAGGCUGACAAGCGGGAGCGGCUGCAGGAGUUGGCGAAACGACGCAAGGACCGCAUUGACAAGAAGAUUGGACCUCGCAAGGAAGGCAUGAGUGCGCCAACAAAAGCGUUAUUUCAGGAGCUGAGCAACGUCGGCGAAGGACGAGAGGACACCGUGCUUGAGUUGCUGGAUCAGGGCGCAGAUGUGAAUGCGGUGUCGCUCAUGCACACCACGCCGUUGUAUGAGGCCGUGCGCAAUGGGCAUUUGGAGAGCGCGAAGGUGCUGUUGGAUGCUGAGGCCAACGUCAACGCGCAGAGCACCAAGGGCAACACGGCGUUGCAUGGGGCGGUGCUUGCUCCACGCAGGAAUGAAGAGUUGAUUGAUUUGCUUCUCUCCUCAGGCGCAUCACUGACCAUCAAGAACCGCGAAGGCCUCACCCCAUACGCCAUGGCUGGUGAGAUGGGGCGCAAGGCUCUCGCGGCGAAGAUCAGCACUUCCUUGGGCGACAAGUUGCUCGAGGAGCUGACGGGCUCCAGCAAAGCGUGAUGUGGUAUCACUGUUCAUUUCCUCCCACAGUGUGUCGCAAACCCCCUUCCCACUUCUCCCGUACUUGAUUAACACUACUAGCUAGCCUGUCGUUUACCUGGCUUCUCCCAUCUUGCUUGUCGGCUUGACGCACUCGUAGACUCAUGUACAUGCUUGAGACACCACCACUUUGUUGCUCCUUCGUUGCUUGCUUGCUGCUGUCCAUAGUUGGCCUUCUGCUUGUUGUGUGUACAUUGCUGGCGGUCUGUCGUUCCAGCCGCCGUGUUGCACCUUUGUUCUGUUUAUUCAGCUGCACCUCGUGUGUGCUGUGCUUAUUGUUCGCUUUUGUUGUUGCUUUGGCUGUGCGUUUCCAUGACUACCUUCCCUUCCCUUCCCUUCCCUUCCCUUCCCUUCCCUUCCCUUGCACUGUCGCUGCCUUCCACAACCAAGCACUGACACGGUUAUGCUACAUGUCGUAGGUGAACUGGUGAACAACA